AGGACAUCAAUGGGGAACUCCUAUGCGGGCCAGCUGCGGACCACGCGCUUUGAGGAGGUUCUUCAUAACUCCAUUGAGGCAUCACUGAGGUCGAACACAGUUAUCCCCAGACCUGUCUUCUCACAGCUGUACCUUGAGACAGAGCAGUCGUUGGCGCACGACGGCCGUACAGAGAAUGAUGAUGAGGACGACGAAGAUGGCUCAGAGACUAACAGCCCCCCCAUACCCUAUCAGAUGAAGCCCCCACCUGACGGAUGCUGCACCACAGAUGGCUUCUGUCAGGCUGGCAGGGACCUGCGCCUGUCCUCGAUGACUUCAGAUUCCCUGGAUGUUCCCCCUGGUUUCCUGUUGGUUGGGAUAAAGUCGCCCUCUCUCCCUGAGACGCUGCUGGUGUGCGCUGUGGACCGCCGCUUCCUGCCAGAUGAACGGGGUCGUCACGCACUGCUGGGCUUCUCUGGGAACUGCACGGGCUGCGGAGAGAAAGGCUUCCGUUACUUCACAGAGUUCUCCAACCACAUUAACCUGAAGCUCAGCACCCAGCCCAAGAAACAGAAGCACUUGAAGUACCAUCUGUACCGAAACAACCAGGGCGCGCUGGUCAAAGGGGCGCCCAUCUGCUGGAGGGGACACGAUGGCAGGAUGAGACAGAUGGGGUCCGCCCUCGCCGAAGGUCACGUGACGUCUGAUGAACAGCCACCCAACCUGGCCACACACACACCUGGCAGCUAUACAGUGGGAUCACACGUGGACCCUGCCGGUCUGCCACAAGUCACUGACCUUCCCCAAACACUGACAAAUGGCCACCAUGCUGUUCCCUCCGUCACCCAGCCGCCUUUAAAUCAGUCAGGGCCUGGGAGGCCCUCAGUUACAGGGACACAUGCAAAUGCUGGACCCCCAAAAAAGAGGCACAAGGGCUGGUCCCCGGAUUCGUCUGCCAACAGUCUGCCAGAGAGCACUUUAAAGACACCACCCUCUUCAUCGGCCUCGUCAACACUAUCAGUGUCCUCUGCCCUAACAAAUGGAACCAGAUCAGAGACUGCAGCCCUGCUGAGUUCAUCGCAGCAUUCGUCAACCCCACUUCCUCUCCCGGAGCUGCCUGUAACAGUGCCCGAUCAGCUGCUACACACCUGCAGACUGCAACCUGUCGUCUUCAAAGGUCAUGGCUCCCUCCCUCAGCUGACCGGCAAUGUCAGUGAAGUGCUCGUCAGUUCUCUGCUGCAGAGUUGUUACCUGAGCUCCCAGGUGCUCCCCAGGGUGUACCAGCACUAUGGGCCAUCGCCCAUUCAGCCGCUGUCCACCGAGAUGCAGAUUCUGCUCACAGUUUACUACCUUGUUCAGCUAGGCCCUGACCAAGUGCCCCUGAUCGAGGACUUGGAGCAGAUAUUCAUGAGGUCGUGGAGGGAGUCUCACCUCAGUGAGAUUAGACAGUACCAGCAGCCUCAAACACCAGCCACCCAAGGGAGGCACUAUGCCUUAGAGACCCCCUCCACCCUGCCCGGGCUCCCGCAGAGCCAGCAACCCCUGACCCCCAGCCAGCUUCCCUGGCUCGCCCAGCUGGCUGCGUCGUCCUGUGGCGAGGGCGUGGUCGUGUUAGGGGAGCAGAUCAGAUCUUUGGCUCAAGGCCUCGAACAAACGUUCAGCAGGUUGAUGGAAGGACGGCUUAAGAACACCAACUAUGUGGUCAUUAUUGUCACUGCGGCGGGAAAGGAGACACAGUCCUGCGUGGUUGUCACAGGCAAACAUCAAUGCCGUGCCUUGGCAGAGACUAUGUAUUCCCCCUGUGAGGGACUGAAAGAAAUCAACCACCAGCUCUCCACUGGUGUUGCGCAAGAACUCAUCCACUUCUGCAAUUCACUGGGACAAGAUGGCGAUAUGGAUUCCCUCCUGGAUAGUGCCACUGUGGACAGCAACGAGCCGUCCCCUCUGCUCAGCAGUCAGGAGUCGGCCGAAGACAGAGGUCUCAAAAGCACACACAGCUCAAAAGAUUCACUCACACACUGUUCGAAAGACUCACACAGUCCUAAAGAGAGAGCUUCGAGUCCCAAAGACACCUGUUCAGAAUACUCUGUUGAGUGGCGUGAGGUCCGUUCCAUCCAGCUGGCAGUGGCCAGGAAGCUGCUGUCCCACGUUUGUGCUAUAGCAGACUCCAGCACACAGAACCUGGACCUUGGCUCCUUCGACAGGGUCAGCUUCCUCAUCCUGGUCCCCCCCUCCGAGGUCACGUUCCAACAGACCGUGCUCCACGUCAGGAGCUCCGGUGUCCUUCAGGAGCUCGGGACUUUAGACCAGGAGUGUGCGUCUCAGCGGGAAGCUGAGCAUUACGUGGUCAAGAUGGACCAGAGCGCUCAGGCACAAAUCGACAAUCUCAUUCAGGAAGCCCAAAGCAACACCUACACGCUAUACAUCCUGGUCCAUGACCAUGCACACUGGGACAUCAGCAGUGCAUCCUACAACACCUCAGACAGUGGGUCGGGUCUAGUGGACCAGCUCUUGAACUCCCGACGGGUCAGAGAUGCUCCGAACAUCCUAAUUCUCCACGUCACCUCCUUCCCUUUCGCUCUGCAGACACAGUACACCCGCAUCAGCCCCUACAACGAGAUCCACUGGCCCUCAGCAUUCAGUAAUGAUGUGGACCUAUAUCACGAGAAGACACGCUACUUCGGCGUGUCAGAGCUUUUAGAGUCGACUCGCUCGGGAAGCAGCCUGCCUUUGAUGCGUCACGAUUCCUCCUUUGAGAGCAUGGCGUCUGCCCUGGAAGAAAGGUUCCCUAAGCUGCACAGUGCUGUGAUCCGGACCACAGUGCUGAUCCAGCACUACUGUGUAGCCCUGAUGGCUGCGUCCGGCAGAAUCAGUGGCUCCCACAAUCUGCACAAACACACAUCAGUGGAGACCCUGGAGAUCGUGCAGUCACUGCUCACUGCCGCGCAGCAGUGUCCCGCCCGCCACGGUCACAUGGUCCUGCUGCGGAUCCCCUCCCUGGCUCUGGCUGCAUGGGCCCAUCGGCGGCUGUCCAAAGUCAGGAGACAGCUGGGUCUGGAAGAGAGUUUUGAGAUCAUACUUGGAAAUCCCAACCAACCUCUGAAUAUUGGACAGACCUUCACGGAUCAGAUCAAGACAUGGCAGCAGAUCCAGGAUUCUGAGUGGAUUCCUCGUACCUACUUGGAGCUGGAGGCCCUUCCCUGCAUCCUGAUCCUGUCUGGAGCUGAGCCUCUGGGAGAAUCACUGCCCAGGUCGCUGAAGUACUGUGACCUUCGGGUGAUAAGCUGCUCUUACCUUCAGCGAACCACCCUCGAACAAGAGCUGGGGCUGGCUGCUUAUCUCGUGAAGGAGGAGUCACGACCCCCACACGACCCCGGCCCAGGCAGUGACCUGCUGGAGAGUGAUGCCGAAAAACUCAGCAGCACUGACAAUGAGGAGGAGGAGGAGGGACAAGAGAACGAGGACUCCCCCCUGUCAUCCAGUCAGCAGCUCCAGUCAUGCCCGGACAGUGGAGCCUUAGAUCCCUUGUCUGCCCAAAGCUCCACCUCUCCAAACGUCCAGAAAGGGACCGUGGAUACCAUGCAGGCUCCCUCACAAUCACAGGCUCAAUUUCAGUCACAGACUUCAUCUCAAUCGUUUGCGCAUCCUCAGCCUACGCCGCACCACCAAACCCAACCUCAAGUACCAAGUUUUUCCCAGGCCCAACCCGUGUCCCAGCUGCAGACACCCAGCCCUCAAGCUCAGCCGCUUCCCCCAACCCAGUCUCGUCGGCAACACUCCAAAUCCACCUCCUCCGGCUCCUUGUCCCCGCGAUCCUCCUCGCCUCACCUGAGCUGCUCCUGGGCGCGGGGGGUGAGUCGCCCGCCCUCCGUGCUCCUCCCUCGUGCUCUGUGCGACAUCAUCAUGGCCAGUGACAGCAGCGGGCUUCCACGCUGCACCUCAUUCCUGCCACACAUGUCCGUGGCAUGGGCGAGCAGCUUCAGGCCCUUGCUGAGUAAGAUGAUGACGUGCACAGAGCAGUCGCUGUAUUAUCGCCAGUGGACGGCCCCUCGCUCCCACCACAUGGACAGCAGCAAUCGCACGGAGGGAAGAAGUGACAACUUUCACCCUCGCAGGCUGCUGCUCAGUGGACCCCCGCAGGUGGGUAAGACAGGAGCGUACCUGCACUUCCUGGGUAUUUUGUCUCGGAUGCUCAUAAGGCUGAUGGAGGUGGACAUCUACGAUGAAGAGGACGUCAACUACAGUGCCCAGGCGGAUGGGGUGCAGUACCACCCACCCAAUGCUUCCUGGCCCAACCCAGACAUCAUGAAGACGAUGCCCUUUGACUACACCCUCCAUGACCCCAAAUACGAUGACAUCAGUGCUGUGUAUUGUCCUGGAUAUAGGCCCAGUGUUGAGGGAAACCCUGUCCGUCAGGAGGAUGUGUAUCUUCGCAGGCGGACCUCUAGGAUCAAGCUGUCUAAAUAUGCAGCCUACAACACAUACCAUCACUGUGAACAGUGUCAUCAGUACUUGGGCUUCAACCCCAGAUACCAGAUGUAUGAGUCAACGCUGCAUGCCUUCACAUUCACCCAUCUGCUGCUUGGGGAAGAGAUCCAGCUCUACUUCAUCAUCCCAAAGUCUAAAGAGCACUACUUCAGCUUCAGCCAACCAGGGGGCCAGCUGGAGAGCAUGCGGUUGCCCCUCAUCUCUGAUUGGAGCCCAGAUUGCAUCAAGAGUCCAAUCUUCACUCCGACCACUGGCCGUCAUGAGCACGGUCUGUUCAACCUGUACCAUGCCAUGGACGGCGCCUCACAUCUGCAUAUCCUGGUAGUGAAAGAGUAUGAGAUGGCCGUCUACAAAAAGUACUGGCCCAACCACAUCAUGCUGGUGCUGCCCACUGUUUUUAAUGGAACUGGAAUAGGUGCCGCUCACUUCCUGAUUAAAGAGCUUUCUUAUCACAACCUGGAGCUAGAGCGCAGCCGUCGGUUGGAGGGAGGGGGCCCCGCGGUGGACGUCUGGCCCUUCAUCAUCCUGGCUGAUGACUCCUGUGUUAUGUUCAACACAGUGGACCUCGACGCGCGCAAUGGCCCAACGGAGCACGCCGUGUCACUGAAGCAGGUCUUACAGCACAUGGAGGCCUGUCCGGACCUGGCCAACUAUGGGCUGUGCGGGAUCAGGAAGUGGAGCAGCCGUGGACUCACAGGUAACAGACAGAGGGAGCCCUUCUCCAGAGGUCACCUUCAUGACUUCCUCCUCCUCAACGUGGACCGGAGUCAGAACAUACAGUACGACCAAAACCGAUUCACCUGUCACGACGUGGACUUCACCCUGAGGCUGCACAGCGCCGGACUGCUCGUCUGCAGGUUCAACAGCUUCAGCGUCAUGAAGAAGCAGAUCGCCAUUGGUGGAUACAAGACGUUUAUCAUCAAGACCAAGAUGACAGAUGUUCCCACCUCAGUGGGGCCCUCGCAGUACAUCUGUGCCCCAGACAGCAAGCACCUUUUCCUGGCUACACCUGCUCAGCUCCUCCUGGAAAAAUACCUCCAACACACCAGCCAGAAGCUGUUUCCACUCAGCACCAAGAACUACGCUCACCCUGUUCUGUCUGUGGACUGCUAUCUCAACCUGGGACCUGAGGUGACGGUGUGUUUUGUGAGCUCCAGACCUCACUCUGUCAACAUCAGUACCACGGGGCUGCUGUUCAGCGGCCUUCUCCUGUGUUUCGCUGAUACCUUUGUGACCGCCGGCUUCCUCAAGAAGUUCACCUUCCUCAAAGGUGCAACUCUGUGUGUCAUCAGUGCGGAUCGCAGCUCGCUGAGGCAGACAGUGGGCAGGCUGGAGCUGGAGGAGGAGUGGAGGUUCCGGCUCAGCGACGAAUUCCAGACGGCCAACGCCAAAGAGGACCGGCCGCUCUUCUUCUUGACUGGGAAACAUAUAUGACAAGACUACGUGAACACAGUGAGCUCAAAAGAGUCAGAAACGUAAAUUGCCAAAGAGAAAGAAGAAAAGUAAUGUGCUGCAGUGUCUGUUGUUGAAUGUUCUCACUCAUUUUGGUUUUGAAUGGACGAUGCAGGAUGUUCAAAAGACAGUUGACUCGAAGAGUGGAUAGGACACACUGAUCGUUACCUAUCACUGCACACACACACACACACACACACAGGUCAUCUAUGAAAAUGUGCUAUUGCCAAGGAAACAGAGGGAAACAGUCAUUGUUAUUCUGUGAGUAACCAAAAAAACUGUUCAGGAAGCAUUAAGGAUAAUCAAGGUGGCUUUUCACUAAACCUCAAAUGAAAUUCUGUCAAUCUAGUGGUGCUGUUUGCGCUCACUGAAGUUUGUGUACCGCUCCACAAAACACUUAAUUGCUAAUGAAAUUUGUCUUAUAAAUAAGAAAUAACCGUUAUCUAAAUUGAUAUUGGUUUGGGUAUAAAAAACUGAAAUGAAUCAGCGUGUGUGCUUGAGAGAUACGAAGCAGAAAUGUAUUAUAUGUAUUGAAUAUAAGCAAAAAUAGCAACUAAAUCACUGCAUACUGUACCUUUGAAGAAACUCCUUAAUUGCAGUUACUGCUUUUGUGUUUUGUCUGAUUCAUUUGUAUUUUGUAUUUUGAAGUUGUUGUAAUAUCCCAGGUUCUGAAAGCUUCCUUGCAGGUGCACUCAGCACGAGAAGCUUUCUAAAGGUUAGACACAAUCAUUUGUGUGCAUUAGUAGCCGAUUUUUGGCAACAAUCAUGUUCGUGAGAUUUGUAUUAUGUGAAAAAAAAGUACUUAUUUUCAGUUUAUACACAAAAUAUAAUUGUGGAGGCGUUUCUCUGUUUGGAUGUAGAACCUAUUUUGUGCUCUAUGCUGCAUAUGCUGAUUUUAUCUGUACUGUCCACUGUGUAGUGGCAGCCUUUGACAAUGUACAGUUUUUUAUGCUUUUAAUUGUAUAAAUGUACAGACAUUUUCACA